UUUGCAAUAGCGGGUGGUGCUGGGGGGAGAGGCGAGGGGAAAAUAAAAUAAAAGCAACAAUCGGGUAAAUGCUCCUCUCUUCUCGCCAUCAGCACCUUGCACAGUGAACUGGAAGAUGGAGAUGGAUGUUAAGGGAGUUUCUCCGUGCCCGGAGCCCAUCCCCCCGGCGGCGGGGUCUGGCGGCUGCCCGCACCAGCGCCCGCACCACCGCGAUGGGCAGCCCGCGGAGCCGGCCCCCGCCGCCGACAGCGGCCACCCGGAGCGGAGGCACGGCAGUGAGAAAGAGGACAAAAAGAGACCUACAGCCAACAAGACUUCUGGUGCUCCUUCCUACAGCAGAUGGUCCAGUUCACAGCCCCAUCAGUCCAGCUCCACAGUGAGAACGUACCAAAACAGUAAAUCGAGAGUGACCAUGAGCCCUGGCUUUAGCUCCCAGUGGAAUAGCAGCCAACCUGCUUGGAAUACAUACACCUUUCCAAGAGCAAGCUUGCACUACCAGUCUCAUGCUAGCUACACCUACUGUGCUGGACAUCCUGCUCAGUCCUAUGCACCAGCUCCCCACCCCAUGGCUCCUCCCAGCCCCAGCACAAACAGCAGCAACAACAGCAGCAACAACAGCAGCGGAGAGCAGUUGAGUAAAACCAACCUGUACAUUCGAGGCCUUCCACCCGGCACCACCGACCAGGACCUUAUCAAGCUGUGCCAGCCGUAUGGGAAAAUUGUAUCCACAAAGGCAAUUCUUGACAAAAACACAAAUCAGUGCAAAGGUUAUGGUUUUGUAGAUUUUGACAGUCCUGCAGCAGCACAGAAAGCAGUAGCAUCUCUCAAAGCAAAUGGCGUGCAGGCGCAGAUGGCAAAGCAACAAGAGCAAGAUCCCACAAAUCUAUACAUCUCAAAUUUACCCGUGUCCAUGGAUGAGCAGGAACUGGAGAAUAUGCUGAAACCCUUUGGACAUGUCAUUUCCACCAGAAUAUUAAGAGAUGCAAAUGGAGUCAGCAGAGGAGUCGGCUUUGCCAGAAUGGAGUCUACAGAAAAAUGUGAAGUAGUAAUUCAGCAUUUUAAUGGCAAAUAUCUGAAAACCCCACCUGGUCUACCAGCCCCCACUGAGCCUUUGCUGUGCAAAUUUGCUGAUGGAGGGCAAAAGAAGCGCCAGAAUCAAAGCAAAUACACACAGAAUGGAAGGCCAUGGCCCAGAGAAGGAGAGGCUGGCAUGGCUUUGACUUACGAUCCAACAGCUGCUAUACAGAAUGGAUUUUAUUCCUCACCGUACAGUAUUCCAACAAACCGCAUGAUUCCACAGACAUCAAUCACGCCAUUCAUUGCUGCUUCCCCUGUCUCUACAUAUCAGGUCCAGAGUACUUCAUGGAUGCCUCAUCCGCCAUAUGUUAUGCAACCAACAGGUGCUGUGAUAACACCAACAAUGGACCACACUAUGUCAAUGCAGCCAGCAAGCAUGAUGGGCCCUCUGACCCAACAGAUGAACCACCUUUCCUUGGGCACAACAGGAACGUACAUGACUGCUGCUGCACCUAUGCAAGGGACCUACAUUCCCCAGUACACUCCUGUGCCUCCAACAGCUGUCCCUAUUGAAGGUGUUGUUGCUGAUACUUCUCCACAGACAGUAGCAUCUUCAUCACAGGAAGCCAGUGGUCAACAGCAACAGAUGACAGUGGAAACAUCCAGUGAACAUGCGCCUGCAUACUCUUACCAACAGUCUAAACAAUAAACAGGACUGAAGAAUGUCGGUCUGAAAUCUUUGCCUUGAAUGGAGAAACUUCACUGAACAAGAAGUUGGCUUCCAGUUUGCACAGGCGUCAAAUGAAUGCUUUUUUUUUUUUCUACCUUUCCCAACGAAAACAAAACAGUGUUUUUAUGUGCUGUGCAAAUGGUUCCGUCAUGUAGUCUGACAAUUUUAUUUUUGCUAUUUUUUUUUCAACUAAAGGAAAAACCCAGAGGAAAAAUGCUGGGUUGACAUUUCAUCUGGAUGAACAUUUGAAUUCAGAAUUUACCUGGAGGUGUAGCUAGAUUUUUUUUUUUUUAACAGAAAAACUGAUGAUGUCAAGAGGGAGCAAGUUGUGAUGAAAACCAAUUGUCUUCCUCAGAAAUUAAGCUACUCUUUUUCUCUCAUUUUCUUUUUCUUCUUGUUUUAAUCUAGAGUAUUUUUUGGUUUUUGUUUUUUGGUUUUUUUAAAGAAAUGUUUAGGUAAGGUUUAUCUUGAAUCUUAAUUGCCUUAAUUUUAAGGACGUCAAAGGCUCUCAAGGCAAGCUGUCAACGUCUUGUUAGAAAACCCGAGAAUGAAUUGAAACUGCUCACACCGGUGCUGGUGCAGAAGUUUAAUAGACUGAGUUUUUGGGGUGAACAAAAAAUAAACUGUACAGUUUAAAAGAAAAUGAUUUUCUUCUUUUGAAGAAAAGCUGAUGAUAAAGGAACUGUGACAACUGAAAGGAUUGGAAAAAUGCUGGGACUUUUAUGAACUUUGUCUUAAGUGUUGACAGAAAAAAAAUCUAGAAGGCUAAAGCAUUUUACAGUAAAGUUAUUGAAUUGAGAAAAAAACUUGCUGCAUUAUAGAGAAUGCAGGGGUUUUUUCUUGCAGAAUGCAGAUUUUUUUAUUUACAAAGCGUGAUCGCUAGCAAAAGCAUUAGUGCUUUUUAUCUGCAGUCUUUUUUAUGAGCUUUAAGAAGUUUUUAGUCUGCUUUGCUUGUCACAUUGCAAAAACCUAGCUUAAGAGCAUUAAAAAAACUUAAGUAGAUAGGAGCUUAUGGUCAAAAAAAGUGCAAAAAAAGCAAUAGAUAGAAGAAAUUGUUGACAAUUUCUGUAGUCUUUCCUAGUUGUGAACAAAUGCAGCCUAUGGAUGGCCUAUUUUAUACCAAAGAUGAAGUGACACCCUAACGCAGUCCAGAAGAUAGAGGGUUUUCUUUUCUUUUUUUUUAUCUUUAUUUGACCUACAUGGCCGGACCAGUUCUUACUUUCUUGUUUGUUUAAACUAUCUUCCACUGGUGUUUUACAUACUGCAUAUGUUUAUAGUGGAAAUUUCAGAAUAGUUGGUAUCAGAAGCUGUCCAGGUUUUUGAUGAUGUGCUUUGGAGAACAUUCCAAAGCAAGGGGGAUUGGGUUAUCAACUAAUCUGUCCAGGCAGGCUUUAAUUUUGGGGAGUUUUUCUCUUUAAUUACCUGAUCUUUGGUAUUUUUACUGAAACAACAGUCUUCCUUCUGAAUUCUAACAUACCAAUUCAUUUCUUCACCUCAGUCUUUGUCAUCGUCCAGCAUGCAUAGCCACCUUAAUUGUGCAUUUCUUUCUCAGUGUUGCAUUUCAGUUGCCAGGUAGAUAUAAGAGAAAGUAAACUUGAUAUUUGUUCUCAUUUUAGCUUUCCCAUACAAGCAGAAAUUUUGAAAAUUAUGUCGUAUUGUCAUGCAGGCAGAAAGUUAAAAAUUGUUCUUCUCUGCUAUGAUUUCUGUUGUCUUAAUAUGUUGGCUGACAAUCACUAAUUAGUAUGAUCAGGCAAAAAAAAAAAAAUUAAAUUUAAUCCACCAAAACAUGUUUUAGGAAUGACAGUUAUUUUCCAUACAGAAAUCUUGAUUAUGACCCUUACUUCUUCCAAACAGACAAAUGAAAAAGGUGAGAAGGAAGUCAAAAGAUGAUUUUUUUCCUUAAGGAGGCAGAAGUGAAGCAGCAUUUCCAUAUAUACAUACAUACACACAUAUCUAUGUGUAAAUAUUAAACCAAACAUUUUUAAACUUUCCUCCAUCCAGAAGAGAGGGGAAUGCUCAUCACAUUUACUGUGGUGGAUUAGAGACAGGGUAUCCAUUAAAAAUAAGGAAAACGAAAACAUAUGUAUUGGAUCAAUCUGAUUCAGCUGCCCAAUCUUAAAAAGAGGUCUGUGUUUCCCUAACCUGACUUUUUGGGGGAAAAGAACACAAUUAUUUUUUUAAAUCGAUAAAACAAGAUCGUAUUUUUUAACAUAA